UAUCCAUUCGAGAUGACAUUUUGUAGUACUGGUUGUGCGCCGUAAUAGAUCAUGCGCGCCGUUAGUGAUGGCGCCAAAGCACGUUACACUAAAAAUGCCCAGUACACCUUUCGUUCUCUUAAUAACUGCAUUAACGUUUUUGAAUACGGAAUAUUGUAUCUGUGAUAACACGAACGACUCCGAGGUGCCGCCUUUGGAUAACGAUGUCGAGGAUGUACAGGAUCUCUUUCUACCACUUGAUGUGCCUCGACUACGUACAGCUCAUUACCAUCCCAACCGCUUGAUAUUCAUUGAGCCAAAACCGCCCCGCCAUUUGGAAAUUACUCCUCAGCAAUCCAUAACCAUCGCCUGUGAAGUGGCCAGCAUUGAUGGACCAUCACCGGUGGUAGCGUGGUACCGCAAUAGUGAACUGAUUUCCAACGAAACGGAAAUUCAAGAAGAUUUACAGAGCAGCGCCAAUAUCCGCUACAUUACCAGUGCCACCCGUAGUCUCCUGCAUCUUGACUGCGUUAAUUCGCAUGAUGUAGGACUAUACACCUGCGUUGCGAAAACCCGAUACAAAACCAUUCGGACCACUACAAGCGUGACCCUUUCUUCAGGAUCACCAGAGAGAAUUGUAGCUAUUGCCUUGGCUCAGGAAUGUUUAAGGAAAACGAUGCUGCCCCACUUCAGUCCACCACGAAUCGUAACCUGGAGCAAAAACGUUUUACAAAUGCAGGGUUUAAGUGCCCGCUUAUUUUGCCGUGCUACCGGCAGCCCACCUCCGGCAAUAUUCUGGGAGCUGCAACAAGCUCAUCCAACAAAAAUUGGCACUAUUAGGUCAAUAACCAGCGACGAUACCAAAUUUAAGAUCGCACCAAAUGGCGAUUUAAUUGUUAUGGAUCUGGAAUUCAAUAAUGACAUGGGUUACUAUGCGUGCCGAGCGCGAAAUAUGUUCGGAGGGGAACGCAUUGAAUCGUUUUUAUACCCCGUCCAGGAUAGUAAUCCAAUAGCCAUUAAUAUGCACGUGCACAGAAAUGGACCACAACGCACACACACAAUUAUGGAAAAUUAAUUUCCUAACAUUUCAGUUUUGCGCAUAUGGACCUAGCCAACUAGGUACCCUUUCCCAUACUUUGCACAGAAGUAACAAGGCGGUCUGCGGUUAAAUUUGCACAAACAAUGGCAUUUCACAAAAACCUUCGCCGGCGCGACACAAUUUUAUUAUAACAGGCAACAGUUCUGCAUCCAGAAUGCAAAGUAGCCAACCAAUUUAUCAACUCUCCAUUUCGGAGUUAACCAGUAAUCUAUCAGUAUUAAUACUCUCGUCUUCACUGAGAGGUGGAAAUUUUAUCUGCGCGAUGUUAUAAAGUGUUGAUACCGGUAUUCCACGGUUCUGCAACACUUCGUUAAGUCUUGUGGGCACUGUUUGUUGUCUGCUUUAAAAAAUUUCAACCGAUGCCAGUUUUACCGGCAGAACUACGUACAGUAAUUUUUGCACCAACGUGACUUAUAUAGAGUCUAUAUCUAUAGUUAGGAUACUUGUAUCUCAUAUAUAUACCGUAGCAGCCAUUGUCUUGCACGAAGAAUUUUGUAGUAUGUAUAAUCAAUAAACGAUUUGAUGAGGCUGCAGGUAAUUGAACUAGAUAAAAUAGAUUUUAAGCAAGCAUUUUUGCAUCAUUGUGAAGUCACUGUGUGCCCAAUCCAAAUUUACACGCCUUUUCCUGGAACCACCGGCCUGCUAGCGCUGGACUACUAUUUACUAAUUAAUUUAUCAUCCUUCUCUUAGCAAUAUUUUUUAUUAAUACCUAAUACUGGUGUAAUUUAUUGCAAUGGAAAUGGAUUACGUCUGCAUACAAUUGUUUUUGUUAUAAUGGCAUGAUACUGUACCGCACAACGGCACAUCUUCUAAAAAUAAAACUCAACAUGUAAAA